AUGCUGCGCCUGCAAAAGUGCCUGAAAGGACCUGUCGUCGAAGCUGUUCGGAGUCGAUUGGUGUUACCGGACGUAGUUCAGCAGGUUAUCGAGAAGCUACGUUCCAAGUAUGGGCGGCCGGUACACUUAAUUAAAACAUUCAUCGAGAAGGUGCGGAAGAUUCCGGCACCCCAAACUGACAAGCUGGAUAGUUUAGGCGAGUAUGGGGAAGCAGUUCAGUGUAUGGUGGACCAUAUGGUUGCGGCUGGUGAACGUGCGCAUAUCACCAACCCGCUCUUGCUGCAAGAGGUGGUCGGCAAGUUACCAACGGAUCAACAGUUACGUUGGUCGCACCACAUCCGCGGAAUGACAUCAGUGGAUCUGUCCACAUUCAGCGACUACAUGGAGGAUUUGGCCGAAGACGCUGCGAGGCUGACGACGAUUGACUCUCCUUCAGUGCGCGGGACCAGCAAGGGAAGGCCUACGAAGGGCUACGUUCACGCGCACGUGGAUCCAGAUGGAGCGACAACGUCCAGCGCGGCUGAAAGGCAGUGUGUAUCCUGUAACGUCGCGGGACAUGUAUUGUCGACAUACACUAAUUUUCGAGGACUGCCGGUAAAGGAUCGAUGGAGGCUCGCCUUCUACUGCAGACCGAGAACGGCGGCAAUUCCCGAGAACCGGUGGAAAUCAGACGCACCAGGCUCGUCAAUGACGCUGAUGGACGAAGACCUGGCAAAGCAGUUAGGGGUGAAGGGAGAAAGACGACCUCUAUGUAUCAAGUGGACAGGUGAUACGACUAGGGUCGAGCCGGCAUCGAUGAUGAUCGAUUUGCAGAUUGGACCUGUGACGUCGACUAAAAGGUUCUACCUGAAAGCUGUGCGGACUGUCACCAGCCUUAGCCUCCCACCAAAAACUUUCACGAUUUAUGACGAGAGAUGGGGCCACCUUAAGCAGCUGCCAUUGCCGGAGUACCGUGAUGCUCGGCCACAGUUGUUGAUCGGGCUGGACAACCUUCGAUUGGCGGUGCCGCUGAAGACGCGUGAAGGCCUUGCAGGGGAACCGGUUGCCGUGAAGACUCGGCUUGGAUGGUGCGUGUAUGGGAAGACUGCUGGAAGCCAAAUCGGAAGGGUGCUACAUAUGUGCAAGUGUGGAGCAUCAGACGAAAACUCCACCAUCCAGGGGGCCUUACGCAAGUUUUAUGAGUUAGAGUAUCUCGGGACUGUCUCCAGUGACGUGCCAGAUCCAGAUAAACGAAGAGCACUGACGAUCCUGGAAACAACGACGGUGCGGAUUGGUAAUCGGUUUGAAAGCGGUCUGUUGUGGAAGACAGACAACGUGGAGCUUCCUUCGAGCUUGGGCAUGGCGCGACGCAGGCUCGAAUGCCUGGAAAGAAGGAUGGAACGUGACCCUAAGCUGAAAACCGUGGUGCACCAUCACAUAGCCGAUAUGAUGGAAAAGGGUUACACCCACAAGGCGACGUCUGCUGAACUUUCCGAGAGUAAUUCGAAGCGAAUUUGGUACCUGCCCUUUGGAGUGGUUACCAAUCCGAAGAAGCCAGGGAAGGUGCGCAUCAUCUGGGACGCCGCUACUAAGGUACAAGAUACGUCCCUAAAUGACAUGUUGCUGAAGGGGCCAGACGAGUUAAUUUCUUUGCCAGAGGUGCUGUUCCGAUUUCGAAUGUACGGGAUAGCGGUGUGCGCUGACGUCACAGAAAUGUUCCUGCAAAUACGCAUGUGCGACGAAAACAAGCAUGCGCAGCGGUUCCUGUGGCGGGAAGAUCCUGCUGACGAUAUCGCAACGUAUUUCGUGGACGUCGUUACCUUUGGGUCAGCCUGCUCCCCAGCCACCGCUCGAUACGUGAAAAACCGGAACGCCAGGGAACAUGCCGAGAAAUAUCCUCGUGCCGUACGUGGCAUCUUGACCGGCACGUAUGUCGACGAUUAUGGAUAG